ACUUUUAAAAAAAAAGACUAUAGAGGUCUAAUAGCACGGCCGUCACAUUAUGGUACGAAUACGAACAGGCUAACUGCAAAUUAGCUUCCUGCCUUGCACAGGAAUAUGACGAAAGGUAUAAAUCGAUGUCACGGCAAAUAUUCUUGGUUAAUCCCGUAGUUAAUUUAGACCAUUCUUUGAGGAUAUAUAGUAGAUUUUAAAAAUUUACGGGUAGCGCGGAGUGCUGAACAUGCAGACGUACAAAAAUGUACGUGUUUUAUAUUUUGUCUGUUUAUUCAGUUUGCUGUCACUAUCAGGCCUCAUGGAAUGAGUUGCCAUCAGCAGUAUUUGAGGCCAACAUUUUACAGGAGUUUGAGCUAGGACUGAAUCAUUUCCUUAAAAGUAAAGGGCAGGUUUAAAUUUUUAGUUUUCCCAAAGAACAUUUUGCUUCUGGUAAGGGACAAAAACAGUCAUUAAGAUUUUUUGCAGUUGGAGAUUGGGGAGGACUUCCCUUUUUUCCCUACAAAACCUUUGUUGAAGAAGCAGUUGCUUACCAAAUGGGAAAACUAGCAGAAAAGUUCCAAGCCAAUUUUGUAAUUUCCUUAGGAGAUAAUUUCUAUACUAAAGGUGUCAAGGAUAGUUCAGAUGCAAGAUUCAAGAAUACAUUUGAGGACGUGUUUAGUGCAAAGCCUUUACAUAUUCCUUGGUUAAUAUCUGCAGGAAAUCAUGAUCACUAUGGUAAUGUGUCAGGCCAACUGGAGUAUUCAAAAAAGUCCAAAAGAUGGAAAUUCCCAUCUUUAUAUUACACCAGAAAAUUCCAGGUUCCAUCUUCAAAUGCUACUGUUGAAGUGUUAAUUAUUGACACUGUGCUAUUAUGUGGAAAAACAGACCCUGACGCAAAAGUUCCAGGACAACCUUUGCCUUACACCAUUGAUCACACUCAAGCUGAUAAGCAACUGCAAUGGAUAAAGAAAAAACUAAAAUCUUCAAAGGCUACUUACUUGUUAGUUUGUGGACAUUAUCCUGUGUAUUCUGUAGCAGAGCAUGGAAGCACUGACUGUUUGCUGAAAAAACUUCUACCCAUGUUAAAGAAAUACAAAGUCAGUGCUUACAUUAGUGGCCACGACCACAAUCUGCAGCAUAUUCAACCUUCUGAUGCCACCUGGACUGUAGAAUACUUCAUUGUAGGAUGUGCCAAUUACAUUAAUAAUGAAAAAACUCACAUGUCUAGCAUUCCAUCUGGAUCUCUUAAGUUUUUCUGGGCAAACUUGUUUAGUUUAGGAGGAUUUACGUAUGUGGAAGCAUCUGUAGAUAAAAUGACAGUAACCUUUUAUGAAUCAAAUGGAAAUGUUUUGUACGAAAGAUCUAUCUUUCCAAGAAACUAAAUAUCACACGAAUAAUAGAUUCUGAAAAAUUGAAUAACUUCACUGUUGUCAACAAAAUUAACUGUUUUGAAGCUGUCAUACUGAAAUGGACCAGUGUCUAUGGAUAUUCAUGAUAAAAUUGUUAGAAUUGUAUAUUUCUGUAAUUCUACUUUUAUUAAAAGUUUCAAAACAAAAUAGCAUUUGUAUAUAGCCAAAGAAACCUUUCAUUUCUGUUUUAAUACAGUGACUAUAAUGAUAGUAUUGAUCCAUGAAAUUGUGAUUUUUUGAGAGUUUAACACAAGAACCAAAUAGGAAGAAAACUUAGUAGUUGUUUAUCUUUGAAGUUUCACACUAAGCUACUCAAAGGUUAUUUACGCUAGCUGUCCCUAAUUUGGAAGUGACAGACUAGAGGAAAAGCAUCUAGCUAACUCGUGGAAUUGAUUGUGAAAUUAUAAUGCCCCACAUUUGAAAGGGUGAGCAUGUUCCAUGAUGGGAUUAGAACUUGAGUUGAGCACUCUAUCCAUCAAUCCCAGGUUUAAUAAAAUCUUAGUAAUAAAUAAACAAAAUGUUAAUAGAUGGCUGAAUAAAUUACCCCCACCUGACCAAGGGUGAUGCUUUCACUCCUGUGUGUCAACAAGAUUACUCAAAAAAGUUUGAUUUUGAGCAAACUUGGUACAAAAAUUAAGCAUCCCCACAUCCAAAAAUCAAUUAACAUUUAGUGAAUGGUGAUCAAAGGUCAACAUUAUGAUGGAAAUUUUGAAAAAACUUAAACAGAAAGAUGAUCUUGGUGUAUAUUUUAGGUUGGUUAUUGCAAAACUUAAACACUGUGAUAGAGGUUGCACUCUUACUGCCAUUCCAGCUUCAUGAUAUUUUGAAUACAAAAUUAAUAGCUUAUACUAUAUAGAGGUAUAAUUUGAUUAGAAGAACUUGCAGUCCACACUUUGUAAACAAAGAAAUGAAGGAUUGGUAAAUAGUUGGUUUGCAUGACAACAAUGAAAUCUUUGUAUUAUGUAUUUAUACAAUCUUUGUUCUUUCUUUAAUAGGAUUAGUAAUUGUGCCACUUUUUAUUGUGUGCAUUUUAGGUGGUGGUGUAGCAAACAGCCAGAAUCAUUACUUUAUAAUAAAAACAUUUCACACAAGGUUUACCUAUUAUUAGUUAUUUUUGGAAAAAUAUAUCUUUAUAUGAUUUUAGGGAAUAAGUAUACAAAAGAAAAUUAGAUAAAAGGGCUUAAAGGUAAAAUACAUAGAACUGAAUAAGUUAAAGUAACUUAAUAGUAAUAAAGAAAAACACCUUCGUAAGAACUUGUAAAUCAGUUUACUUAGAAUUUUCUCUCAUAAAUAUAUCUAAAUUUGUACAGAACAAAGUCGUCAUUUAAAUAAACUGAUUAAGCUCAAGAGCGAAA